CUCUUGUCGUCGUUUGGCAGGCUUGCCCUGCAGGCUCAGACUUCCGUAGCAUCUUCAUCCCGCUCGGUAAUGACAAUUGCUCAGCCAACACGGGUAGCGCGGACCAUCAUCCGCCCAGCAUUCCAAUCCCCCGCCCUGCGAGCGCCUACUUCAAGCCCUGCAGACUCACGCUCGUACGCAAGCGCAGCUCCCUCAUCAUACUCCAUUGGAAGUCUCUCACCAGCUCAACCGAAGAAGACGAUGAAGCGUGUGGGUCGAGGUCCGAGUUCAGGCAGGGGUGGAACAGCUACUAGGGGUCACAAGGGUCAGAGAGCGAGGGCGGGCAACGGUAAGCCUACACCAGGCUUUGAAGGUGGUCAGACGCCAAUUAUGAGGAGAUACCCGAAGAGAGGAUUCGUCAAUGCCUUUGCACAUCGGACUGUCCCUCUGAACAUCGAACGGUUGCAAGACUGGAUCGAUCAAGGGAGAAUUGACCCAUCAAAGCCCAUCACUGCAAAGGAGCUGUAUGAGACCAGAUGCGUCCACAGUCUGGGCGACGGAGGCGUGAAGCUGCUUGGCGAGGGUUCAAAGACACUGCGUCAACCUCUGACACUGAUUGUGUCUCGGGCCUCUGCCACGGCGAUCAGAGCAGUCGAAGCCGCCGGUGGCUCGAUCACCUGCAAAUUCUACACUCCUCUCACCCUCCGAGCACUGGUCAAGCCAGAGAAGUGGCUGCUGCAGGGCAAGAUGCCGCCCAAUGAGCCGCUGCCGGUCGGCAAGAGGGAUCUGCUCUACUAUUCAGAUAUCAGGAAUAGGGGGUACCUUGCGAAGUUGCAUUUGACGGGUACGCUGGCCCUCAUCUGAGGAGGUUGGCAUGGGCAGGCAGGCGAGCAGAAUAGUCGUGUGUGUAGCAGCAGGGGUGACAGAGACUGUUGGGGCUUGCAAUACUACCUGAGAUCUCGACAGAUUGCACACGAGAGGUAUCCAGCGCAAGAAGUGAAAGCAUAGAGCAUGAUAUAUGACGGAGGCUUCGAUGAGGCGACAAGAAUGAAGGUACGCUGGCGGAUGGUGUGAUGUGUAGUGGUGACGACAGUGGUUCC